GUGCCGGCUGAGGAAGAGGAUGGAGGAGAACGAGCAGCUGCGGCGCCAGAUCCGUCUGCUGCAGGGGCUUAUCAAUGACCAUAAAAACAUCCACGGGAACGCACCGGUCCCCCAGCCGGCUCCAGUGCCCCGGUGGAGGAAUCCCCGGCCGCCGUCUUUUAGCAACCAAGCUGUUUUCUCUGCUAGAUAUCCCCAGCAACAACCCCAAAGGGAUUUCCUGCCUCGCCCCCACAAUGCCUGGAGGAAGAAAUACUCUCUUGUCAACGUGCCGCCUCGGCCCACACUCCAUCCUGGCGGCAGCGCUUCAGCCAGCAGCUCCCGAACUGUCCCGAGCCAAGGAAAGAGCGAGGCCGCCGAGGCGCAGCCGUCGCUUUCGGGAAGAAGAGUAGGUGUGGCCGGAGACGAUAACACAAUUGUCGGGGUGCCGAUGAGCUCAGUCGUGAGAAACGCUGCUGUCCCUGCCUCCCAGGGUGCUCCCUCCGAAGCAGCAGGGCACCCGUCUCCUUCCAGAAGCUGUGCAAUCUCUGCUUUGACUCCGAGCGUCCCCUCGAAAGAGAGCAAACCAGAGCCUCUCUCGGCAGUGCCUCCCUUGUUGCAUCACCAGAUUGUCGCUAGGGGUAGGGACGACUCCCUUUCGGUGUGUGUCUCUGUGCCCUCGAGGACAGUGCCGGGUGCCUCGGAACUGGCCCUGGAUUCGUGCAGGAUGAUCAGCGAGCAGGCCAUCACGUUGAAAACUGGCCCUCAGCGGCCUCUGACCUCGCCCGGGCGUGAGUCAAGGUGCCUUUCCGCAAGGAAGAGCUCUGUGUCGCGGGUUCCAGCUUUGCAACAAGCCUCCGCGGCAGGGGGCAAAUCGAGCCCCGCGGGGAUGACUCAGGCGCCCAGUGCACUUGCCAGUGCAGUCGGGCAGGCUCCUUCGGCUCUUGGGAUGAGUCCCACGAAGAACAAGCCGUCUGCGCCUGCUCUCCAGACGGCUCCCACCUCACCAGCCUCCUCCAAAUCCCCCAAGUUCAGGAAAACCAAGUACACGUGGGUGGCCAACCCGGGUAAAUGUACCCGCGCUUCGAAAAGAUGGUCUGCCUCCAGAGCCGCCGAAAACAGCCAGAGGUUUGCCACGGGGGCAGAGAGGACCUCCAAGUCGGUACCGAGGGGGGACCCGGGGGCAAAGCAGAAGAAGCCCAGCCUGCAUUCGAAGGCGGGGGGUUCCUCCAGCAAGUACAAAUGGAAGGCCUCCAGUCUCCGCCUCUCCCCGUCCGUAUCCACGUCUGCGUUCACGUGGCAGCGCGAGGAACGUGGCGGGCCUGGCGCGGCCCACUUCUCAGGAGGCGGCUCUUCCCUCCCAGCCGCGAGCCGGAUGCCUCUUGGUCUUGGCGAUCCGAAACCGACCUUUGGGAAUACCAGCUUUCUAAACUACAAGUUAAAGAGCCGGACCAAAAUCAUCAAAAAGAAGGGAAGUGCCAGCUCUCCGGCUGAGAAGAAGAGCCCCCCUUCCUCUACCUUGCUUCUGAAAAGCCGCUAUUGUCUCAGGAAAAGGAACUCCCCCUGGGGGAAGUCCCCCUCCCCCACUGCCAGGAAGUCCGGGGCCAAGGGCCUGGUCCAAAUCGGCAAGCACCGCCUGCGCAGGCUGCCGGCACCCAGGUUCCACGUUGCUGCCAAAGAAGGAGAUUUCAGAACACCACUGGUGCUGCGGCCUUCUCUGUACAUGACUUUUGCCUUAGAGGAUGUUUAUACAUUCUAG